AAGUUUUAUAACAUGAUGGGAACUCUCUGUCCUCCCUGCAGCCUGAUGUGAGUUGGGCUCUAAUUUGCAAUCAUAAGAGUCAUCCACCUCUGUGUGCAGUCACUGAAUUCAGUCAAACUCAAUCUUUUCAGUCACAUCUGGUCGACUGUGAAUGAUGCGCAUUGUUUACCAUUUGUGAAUCCAUUCCAUCCACAGUUUUCGCUCUCACUGUAGAUCAACCAGAGGUGUUGUUUCACUUGAGCUGGAGAAUGAGGGGAUAGAUACUCAAUAAAGAACCUUGAGUGCAAAUAUUCCACUUAAAACCAAGGCAACAUCUCUGCUGAAGGAAGUAAUUUUCUCUGAGAUUGAAUCCCAGGCAUGUGCUGUUCAACUAUCAAAAUUGAGAAUGAUGGUGAGGAGGGAGAAAUAGGGAAUAAAUCGAGCAAUAAUGUCAAAUACUGCCAAGUUUAUGCCUAAAAGAAAUUGCAUAAGGUAAGAAGGAACUAAGUGGAGGCAGAUUAUUCUCACAACUGCUCUGUAAGAGUUCCUCUCUGUACUUCCUAAAUCUUUUAGGGCAUCUGUUCGUUUGUUCCUAUUUUACUUGUUAUAAGUCUCAGUAUGAUUUUUUAUCCAAUCUUGAAUAUUUUUGAACUGGACAAUCUUGUGUCCACUUCAAGAAAUCGGCCUCUUCUAAAACAUUUAUGCUAUGAUUAUCCCAAUUAAUAUUGGGAUAGAAUGGAACAAAUUUAAAAGAAAACACGUGCAGGCUUUAAAACAGGGAGAGAGAAGAAAAAAGAUUCUGCUUAGACGAGGGAUGAGGGUGAUUUGUGUAUAUAUUUAAAUAAAAAAGAACAGCAGAGGCUGAAAACGUGAAACAGAAGGAGAGAAUACUGGAGAAUCUCAGCAAGUCUGGCAGUACUUGUGGACUGCGAAAGGGAAUAAGUGAAUUAUUGUUUUCAAUGAGAACCUUGAACAGGAUUUUAAACCUCGAAACUGGGGGUGUGGGCGGGAGUUAAUGAAAGAAACACGAAGGGUCACAGGACUCGAAACUUUAACGGUUUUUCUCUCUCCGCUAAUAUCAUUGAGCUUCUCCAGCACCAUCGACACUUUGCUGGAUUAAAAAAAAAACAAGUUCAGGGUAACAAAACUGAAACAAAAAAAACUGCGUAGAAUGGAAGUAUGAAGCAAUGGUGGAGAAAUUCAAUGUUUGACACUGUAGAGAGAAAACUAAGAAUUAAUAUUUAGAGUCCAACGAAUCUUCUUCAAAACCUCUCCACACAUUCUGCCAGAGCUACUGACUCUCUUGACUGUGGUUUCAGAUUUUCAGCAUCCGCAGCUCUUUGUUUUAUUCUUGUUAAAUUUCGAUUCCAUUGACCCUUCCUCAGAGUCAGGAGGACUUUUCUUAUCUCGUUGGUCUUUGACUCUGUAGCGUCCGGUCGAGGGCUUUAAAUAGCGGCGGCGGCUGCGGGCGAUUCCUCAUUUUCCAGUGAUAGGCGAGAGAGGCAAAGACACCCCUGAGCUUGGACACCCACCGCUCACCCACACACCCCUUACCCCCGCGGUCAUGGCCGACACCCUGGCGGCCCGAAAAAAGGGCAGGAAGGGUAAGGCCCUGCCACCGCCCCCCUCCGCCGCCCGGAGCAGCUCCACAGUGUCCGAGCGCAUCCUGGAGGCGGUGGCGGCGGCCGGUACCAAGAAGGGCCGCCGCGGUCUGUCGCUGGCCGCCCUCAAGAAGUUGCUGUCGGGCAACGGCUACGACGUGGCGGCCAACCGCUGGCGGCUCAAGCAGGCGGUCCGCAACUUGGUGGCCAAGGGCUCCCUGGUGCAGACCUCGGGCAGCGGCGCCUCGGGCUCCUUCAAGCUCGGCAGCACCAAGGCGCAGAGGGAAGCGGAGACCGCCGUCCGCGGCGCCGAAAGCAAGAACAAACUGAGAAGGGGUGGCGAGAUGCUGCCGUCUCCGCCGUCUUCCGCCAGCUCCUCCGCGGCCGCCCACCCGCCCAUCGGCGCCGCCUCCGUCUCCAACCGGCGCAAACCCCGGAAGCCCGCCGCCGCCAAGAGACCCAAGAGGAGCGUGGCGCCCAAAAAGACCAGGCCGAGGUCCGGCAGAGUCGGCAGGAGAGAACCGAUGGGCCGCCGCACCGCCAGGGGACCCAAGCCCGGGAGGAAGGCGGCAGCUAGGGCCGGCCCUCGGAGAGCCAAGCGCCGGCCGGCCAAACCCAGGAAAGCGGCCAACACCCUGGAGGAAGCGAGUAAACACCCGUCUCAGGAAGAGGUCUCCGCCUCGGCGAAGGCAAACCAGGGCGGCUCGGACACACAGAACAGCAGCAGCUGAA